UAAGGAUUGACCCAAAAUAACUGUGGAAAACAGUCAUCUUCUCAUCUGUUAUCUGAAGCUCAAGAUAAGUUCAGUUGUUUUUGAGAGAAAAAGGGAGGCGACGUUGCCAAUGCGAGUUUGAAAAUUGUAUUGUUCAAUAUAAAGUAGCUGUAUUGUUUGACAAAGUGAACAGUUUGCUGUCGUCAAUAUCGGGUCUUCUCGCAAAAAUAUUGGUCAUUAAACAUCAUUUUGCCCGGCGGUGUCAUGGCGGGCUCCGUUGCCACUCUGGCGAUCCUUUGGAUGUCUCUGCAGACGAUGGGACUUUUGAGUCAUUCUCAUUCGAUCAGCACUUAUAAGUUGCCUGAAUCUCUACAGAAUUAUCUUGCCAGUUACACUGUACUUUCAGGAUUGCCAUCCAAUUAUGGUUCUGAAGCCAUCGUGGAUACCGGUCGUUUUCAAAAUCGAAGAUUUCCCAAAAUCGAUGGGACAACUCUGAACAACUCGAUCGCGUUUGCGCAAAUGUUAAUCGAUCGCAUGAGCACCCUUGAGAACAAUAUCGCGAACGCCGGAGUUGAACUCAAGACACGCAGUCCGGCCGAGAAACAAUUUUGGAAUUCUUAUCCUUCUGCGGAUGCUGUCGACAGGAGCAUCGAUGCCAUUGUGGCAACGAAGGCAUCAUCGUAUCUCGUGCACCAAAACUGUCGAAGAUUUGGCUUAGAUAAAAACGACUGUGCUCGCUACAUAUCGACGUUAGGCUUGCGUGAUACUCCGCUUGGUAAAUCUUGUGCGGCGGUGCAUAGCAUAGAAUGCGAUGAGAAGUCCAAAUACCGCAGUAUUGACGGCACUUGUAAUAAUAUUGAAAAUCCGAGCUGGGGCAGCGCGAUGACUGCGUACACCAGAGUGCUAUUCUCUCAAUACUUCGACGGCAUCCAAGAACCGAGACGUGUCGGACACUCUAAGAAACCACUACCAAGUCCAAGGCUUGUAAGCACCACUUUAUCUACCGCGAAUAAUCAAUCGGAUGCUAGCAGAACACUGGCUGUGAUGGAAUGGAGCCAAUUCAUCGCUCAUGACAUGGCUCAUACCCCAGUUCGUAAGAUGGUUUCAUCGAAAAAACCAAUCUCUUGCUGUCAGCCGGAUGGAGAUACUUUAUCACCGCGUCAUGUUCAUCCAGAUUGUGCCCCGAUCAGCAUACCAGAUCACGAUCCCGUUUACGGCGACCAUUAUGUUCGGUGCAUGAAUUACGUUCGGUCGUUACCAGUCUUACGGUCAGAGUGCACUUUUGGACCUGUAGAACAGAUGAAUCAAGUAAGCCAUUUUCUGGAUGGUUCUACGAUUUACGGUUCUACUAUGAAGAAAUCUCGUGAACUUCGCACUUUCGAAGACGGACAUCUUCGCAUUGACGUGCGAAAUAAUCACACGUACUUGCCAAGAGGAGAAACGGAACUCACAUCGCAAUGUGGAGAGAACUGCUAUAAUUCCGGUGACGAUCGUGUGAACGUUCAUCCUCAGUUAGCUGCGAUUCAUACGGUUUGGCAUCGUGAGCAUAAUCGUGUCGUCGACAAACUUGCCAGGUUGAAUCCGGAAUGGUCGGAUGAGAUUUUAUUCCAAGAGGCCAGGCGUAUUGUAAUCGCUGAGAUUCAACAUAUCACAUACAAAGAGUGGUUGCCCAUUCUUCUGGGCAGAAGGUACACUCGAGCUAUCGGUCUCAUAGGAAAUAGUUACAGUCAUAACUACAAUUCUGAUGACGAACCGGCGGUCAGCAACGAAGCUGCCACUGCAGCAUUACGUUUUCUGAAUUCACUGAUGCAGGAAAAACUAAGUAUGCCGGAUAAUUUUCGCCAACAGAAUAAAACACUACAGCUAGCGGAGCAUUUCUUUAAUCCGCGCAUAAUCGAAUCGGAGGAGGUGUUUGAUGGAUUGCUCCGUGGUCUUGCUACUCAAACUAGUCAGAAGAUGGACAUUAGUCUCAUUUCAGAUAUGACAAGCAAAUUGUAUGCCAGCGAUGUAAACAAUUUAGGUUUGGACGCCAUUAGUUUGGACAUAGCACGUGGUCGUGAUCAUGGUCUCCCCGGUUACAAUUAUUAUCGUAGAUACUGUGGACUUCCUGCUGCUAGGACUUUUGAUGAUUUCCUGGACUACAUUCCUAUGGAGAUGAUGAGGAAACUUCGCACAAUCUAUUCCCAUCCCAGUGACGUCGAUCUUAUCGUGGGUGGUAUGGCAGAAAGACCAGCAGACGACGGCAUGAUCGGCCCGACCUUCCGUUGUCUUAUUUACGAGCAAUUUUCUAGAUCACGACGUACUGAUAGGUUUUUUUACGAUUCAGCGACGCAACCGCAUCCCUUCACGUCUGAGCAAUUGGUUCAACUACGUAACGUCACCUUGGCACGGAUAUUCUGCGACAAUGGCAAUAACAUCACGCAUAUGCAGCUGAAUGUGUUUCUCAAGCCGCAGGCAGGAAACGAAUUGAGACGCUGCACAGACUUUGAGGCGAUACCUAGCGUGGACCUCUUUGCUUGGGCGGAGAGGGCAAAAGCAUAUCGUUGAAGUCCCUAA